AUGGCAUGUAGCAGUAGUGAAGGAAGGGUCAUGGAAUCUAGAGGUGAUGUUGUUGUUCUGGAGGAAGAAGAGGAAGAAGUGCUAAGGGUCCCAGUGAACAGGAACAUGAUGGCAUUUCUUUGGCAACCAGGGAUGGGAAUGUAUGUCAAGGAGCUUAAUCUGAAUUUAUUCCUCUUUCAAUUCUAUCAUGAAAUUGAUAUACAAAGGGUCAUUGAUGGAAGCCCGUGGACUUAUUAUAGGAAGCCUUUUAUUUUCACUAGGCUGAAGGAGGGAGAGAAUUUAAGGCUUGUUGAAAUCAACCAUGUUGACAUGUGGGUUCAACUCUACGAUUUACAAAUUGGAAACAUGACACUCAGUGUUGUGAUAGCAUUAGGAAACUAUAUUGGAUCGUUUGUUGAAUCGAAUCCGAAUAACUUUGUGGGUGUUUGGAGGGACUAUUUACGUGUUCGGGUUCAGAUUAAUGUUGGAAAACCAAUCAAACGUCGAAUGAAGAUUAGUAAUGAGGAUUCAUCUUGGUACUGGGUGAAUAUGAAGUAUGAAAGAUUGCCUACUUUUUGCUUCAUUUGCGGAAUCAUCGGACACUCGGAGAAGUUUUGUCCAAGACUUUUUUUUGAAGCCGUUGCAUCUCCAAGAGAAGCCGUACGACCUGGACUUGAGGGCAUCGACACAGAGAAGACAAUCGACCUUUGGGGAGCAGUGGCUCCAGUCAGGGGCGGUGGUCCGAGAUGA